AUGAAAGAUGGGAUUAACCUUAAGCUAAGAGAGAAACAAGCAGGGUUUAAAAAGGAAAGAUCUUCUACAGAUCAGAUAACCACUCUUAGAAUUAUUGUAGAACAGACGAUAGAUUGGCAAGCCCCGCCGCUUUACAUCUGCUUUGUUGACUUUGAGAACGCCUUUGAUAGUGUGGAUAGGCAAACAAUAUGGAAUCUGUUGAGACACUAUGGUGUACCUGCUAAGUUAGUGGAAAUAAUCCAGCAACUUUACAAUGGAUUUUCAUGCCAAGUUAGCCAUGCUGGGAAACUGUCUAAAGAGUUCCAGGACAACACAGAUGAUGCCCCAGUGACAACAGACGGAAGACAGGUAAAUGAUGUGGAAGAGUUUGUCCACCAUGGCAGCAAGAUCAGCUAA